AUCAGAGGGCUCAAUUAGUAACUGCCUACGUGCUUGCCCCCUGCCCCAGCUGCUGGUUUCCCUGGUAACUGAUGAGCCAGCCUGACGUCAUUUCCCCUAUAAAUUGUAGCCUCCUCCUCCAGAGUAGCGGGAGUCUUACCAUGUCCUGCCUGCUGUCUGCCGGGUGCCGUUGGGGUGUUGCUCCAGGACCUUUUGCUUCAGACUUGAAACUGCUGCUUCAUUUUAUUGUGCUAUGUGUGUCAGGGGGUGCUGUUCGCGCACAAGAACAAGGCAUAGAUAUUCUUCAUCAACUAGGCCUUGGAGGCAAAGAUGUAAGACACUCCUCAUCAGUGACUGCUGUACCAUCAUCAUCGACACCACUACCUCGGGGGGUCCAUGUCACAGAAUCGGGUGUCAUUUUAACAAAUGAUGGUUCUAUUGAGUCACCUCUCAUGAAAGUUUUACCAGUCAACCUAGAACAGCCAUUUACAAUCUUACUUGGGUUACAGUCACAUAGAGUAAACAACGCAUUUCUCUUCAGCAUUAGAAGUAAAACUAAACUGCAAUUAGGAGUACAGUUAUUACCUAAAAAAUUAGUGGUGCACCUUGGAGGAAAGCAGUCGGUGUUUUUCAACUACAGUGUUCACGAUGAGCGAUGGCACGCCUUGGCCAUUGCCAUUAGCAAGCAAGUUGUCUCAAUGUUUGUUGAGUGUGGAAAGAAAUAUUUUAGCCAAGAGACUCUUUUGGAAAUUCAGACCUUUGAUUCUAACAGUGUGUUUACCUUAGGAAGUAUGAAUAAUGAUUCUGUCCAUUUUGAAGGAAUAGUAUGUCAGUUGGAUAUUAUUCCUUCUGCUGAAGUAUCUGCAAACUAUUGCAGAUAUGUGAAACCACAGUGUCGCCCUGAGGCAAGCCUUCUUCAUACAACUAUUGUACCAGCUAAGGUAUCGGAAAGCACUCCCUUCCCCAAAAGACUUGGUGAGAAAGUGCUGUCGGAGAACACACUUACCAAAGGCAGAAGCAUUCUAAAUUUCACAAAUAAUGAUUCUGCAGCAGUGCGUAAACAACAGGGACACCAGAUGUCAAGAGCUCAGUUGACUUCUCUUCAUUCAGGGAAUGCCUCUGCUGUCGAUACUGUGAGUCAUGGGAUUCGAGCCAAAGAAAUGAUCACUGAGGAACUUACCCAGACAAAUUUAAGCCUGCCAAUGAUGCAUCAUAGCCUCAAUGAGGCAAGAACAAACAGCAAGGAGAAAUUUAGUUCUCUUCUAAAUGUGUCUGACAGUUUCACACGACAUGAUGAUAAAGUAGCUCGUCUGUCACCAUUUAAGAAGACAUCGUCUCUUCUUCCACAUUUAAAACAAGAUACAAUUACUAAUCUCAAGAAGGCUAUCACAGCCAGUCUGCCCACUAAUAAAUUCAUGGAACUGCAACAGGUUUUGAACACGACCUUGUACAGAAUGACAGAUGAGCCGUCUGUGGAUAACCACCUUGAUCUAAGGAAGGAAGGUGAAUUUGACCCUGGUGCUACUUAUCCCAUCGAAAAUAGCUAUGAAACUGAGCUUUAUGAUUAUUAUUAUUAUUAUGAGGAUCUUAAUACAGUGCUCGAAAUGGAGAAUCUAAGAGGGCCAAAAGGGGACACUGGACCUCCCGGUCCUCCUGGCCCAGCAGGUAUCCCGGGUCCAUCAGGAAAGAGGGGCCCACGGGGCAUCCCAGGGCCACAUGGAAAUCCUGGGUUACCUGGAUUACCAGGUCCAAAGGGUCCCAAAGGAGAUCCAGGUUUUUCCCCGGGUCAAGCAGUUUCUGGAGAAAAGGGUGAUCAAGGUCUUUCUGGAUUAAUGGGGCCCCCCGGUAUGCAAGGUGAUAAGGGUCUCAAAGGCUAUCCAGGGCUCCCAGGACUCAGAGGUGAACAAGGAAUUCCAGGAUUCACUGGUAAUACUGGUUCACGUGGUUACCCUGGCAGGCAGGGUUUAGCUGGACCAGAAGGCAAUCCAGGUCCUAAAGGUGUACGAGGUUUCAUUGGCUCUCCUGGAGAAGUAGGACAACUGGGACUGGAAGGAGAAAGAGGUGUUCCUGGGAUCCGUGGAAAGAGGGGUCUUAAGGGAAGGCAGGGACUUGUAGGCGGCGUCGGUCCUCCGGGGUUUCCUGGGCUUAGAGGCAGCAUUGGCCCUGUGGGACCAACUGGACCUUCUGGAAUCCCUGGCCCGGUGGGUCUUUCAGGGAAUAAGGGCCUACCUGGAAUCAAAGGUGAUAAGGGUGAACAAGGCGUUGCAGGAGAACCAGGAGAACUGGGCUAUCCUGGAGACAAGGGUGCUGUGGGUUUUCCAGGACCACCAGGGAUGAGAGGAAAGCCAGGACCUUCAGGCCAAACAGGUGACCCAGGACCCCAAGGACCAUCUGGCCCUCCAGGACCAGAGGGUUUUCCAGGAGAUAUUGGGAUUCCUGGACAAAACGGCCCUGAAGGAUCAAAGGGACUCAUGGGGAACAGAGGGCCUCCUGGACCUCCUGGUCUCAAAGGAACUCAGGGAGAAGAAGGACCAAUUGGACCCUUUGGAGAACUGGGGCCAAGAGGAAAACCAGGUCCAAAGGGGUACGCAGGUGAACCAGGACCAGAAGGCUUGAAGGGAGAAGUGGGAGAGCAAGGAAACACUGGAAAGACUGGGGAAACAGGACCUAUUGGUUUACCUGGAGAGGUUGGGAUGACUGGGAGCAUUGGUGAAAAGGGAGAGCGUGGAAGUCCAGGUCCACUAGGUCCCCAAGGGGAGAAGGGUGUUAUGGGAUAUCCAGGUCCCCCUGGGGAUCCAGGACCCAUAGGCCCACUGGGAUUACCUGGUCAUGUGGGGGCAAGAGGACCACCUGGGAGUCAAGGUCCUAAAGGACGAAGAGGACCAAGAGGACCAGAUGGUCUCUCAGGAGAACAAGGUAUACAAGGUGCCAAGGGUGAAAAAGGAGAUCACGGGAAAAGAGGGCCUUCUGGUCUCACUGGUAAGGCGGGGAGCCCCGGAGAGAGAGGCGUUCAAGGGAAGCCAGGUUUACAAGGACCACCUGGGAGUACAGGAGACAGGGGGCUUGCAGGAGAACCAGGACCUUCAGGUGUUGAGGGAGAAUCUGGUCUUCAAGGCGAGCCAGGUGCAAAGGGAGAUGUUGGACCUGCAGGCAGUGCUGGAGUUGCUGGGGAGCCAGGGAUCCGGGGUGAACCAGGAGCUCCUGGGGAAGAAGGUCUGCAAGGGAAAGAUGGAUUAAAGGGAGACCCAGGAGGAAAGGGACUUCCUGGAGAGGAUGGAGAAAAGGGAGAAAUGGGCUUACCCGGGACCGCAGGGCCGGUGGGUAGUCCAGGUCUCGUGGGCCCUCCGGGACCUGAAGGAAUUGUGGGAAUUCCAGGACAAAGAGGUCGUCCAGGAAAAAAGGGUGAUAAGGGACAAGUGGGGCCCACGGGAGAAGUCGGAAGCAGAGGUGCUGCAGGACAAACUGGGGAAAGCGGUCCCAAGGGCGCCAGAGGAACUAGAGGUGCUGUGGGACAUUUAGGAUUGAUGGGACCUGGUGGAGAACCAGGAAUUCCAGGAUAUAGGGGCCAUCAAGGUCAACCAGGACUGUCGGGGUUGCCAGGACCUAAAGGAGAAAAGGGUUAUCCAGGAGAAGAUAACACAGUCCUAGGACCACCUGGGACUCGAGGUGAACCAGGGUCAAGGGGGGAGCAAGGAGAGAGGGGAGAGCCCGGAGCAGAGGGAUACAAGGGUCAUGUGGGUACACCAGGACCAAGAGGUGCCGCUGGACAACAAGGGCCCCCAGGUGAGCCAGGUGACCAGGGUGAACAAGGACUAAAAGGAGAGAGAGGAUCUGAAGGUCCUAAGGGGAAAAAAGGAGCUCCUGGUCUUUCUGGGAAACCUGGCAUUCCUGGACUUCCAGGCCUACCUGGGCCGAAAGGCACGCAAGGAUACCAUGGAGCAGAGGGCACUGCAGGAAACCCUGGAAAAGCUGGGCCACCAGGGGAACAAGGACUUCCUGGCAUCAGAGGCAGCCCAGGAAGAGCAGGACUGGCUGGGUCUCCAGGUCCUCGAGGAGCAAAGGGUUCAUCAGGCCUGCCAGGAAGCCCAGGAGUUCUAGGCCCGAAGGGUGAACAAGGGCUACCUGGUCAACCUGGAAUUCAAGGUAAAAGAGGUCACCGAGGAGCACAAGGUGAUCAAGGACCAUGUGGAGAGCCUGGCAUGAAAGGGCAGCCAGGAGAACAUGGUGUUCAAGGAUUGACAGGUUUUCAGGGAUUCCCAGGCCCCAAAGGUCCUGAGGGAGAUGCUGGCAUUGCCGGAAUAUCAGGUCCUAAAGGUCCUAUUGGACGGAGGGGAAACACUGGCCCCCUUGGCAGAGAAGGCAUAAUAGGCCCAACAGGUAGAACUGGACCCAGAGGUGAAAAAGGCUUCAGAGGUGAAACUGGUCCCCAAGGACCACGGGGUCAACCAGGGCCUCCGGGUCCACCUGGAGCACCAGGCCCAAGAAAACAAAUGGAUAUCAAUGCUGCUAUUCAAGCCUUGAUUGAAUCACAUACUGCCCUACAGAUGGAGAGCUACCAGAAUACUGAAGUGACUUUAAUUGACCACAGCGCAGAGAUAUUCAAAACCCUGAACUACCUUAGCAAUUUACUGCACAGCAUCAAGAAUCCCCUUGGCACACGAGAUAACCCAGCACGAAUCUGCAAAGAUUUGCUUAACUGUGAACACAAAGUAUCAGAUGGAAAAUACUGGAUUGAUCCAAAUCUCGGGUGCCCUUCAGAUGCCAUUGAGGUUUUCUGCAAUUUCAGUGCUGGUGGUCAGACAUGUUUAUCUCCUGUCUCUGUAACAAAGUUGGAGUUCGGAGUUGGGAAAGUCCAGAUGAACUUCCUUCAUUUACUGAGCUCAGAAGCCACCCACAUCAUCACCAUCCACUGUCUAGACAUGCCAGUGUGGUCAAGUGCUCAGACAAGUGGCUCAGGACUCGUUGUUGGUUUCAAGGGAUGGAAUGGCCAGAUUUUUGAAGAAAACACUCUACUUGAACCUAAAGUGCUUUCAGAUGACUGCCAGAUUCAAGAUGGCAGCUGGCAUAAGGCAAAGUUCCUUUUUCACACGCAGGACCCUAAUCAACUUCCAGUAAUUGAAGUACAAAAACUUCCUCAUCUCAAAACUGAACGGAAGUACUACAUUGAAAGCAGCUCUGUGUGCUUUCUCUAAAGUCUCUGAAUUAGUUCGCUGCAGAGGGGAAAAUAUAGACAGAAAGAUUCUAUUGGAUAUUAUGAAAUGCAUGGAAUAAAGCAUUGGCUAAAUCUUAAAGAAUCUCAGGAAGACAAGACUUCCUCCUAAGAAGGAGAAAAGGCAUUUUUUAAAGGACUAUAACUGAUAAAGUAUUUAAUUCUUUUAAAAAUUCUAUUGAUCUGAGCUUUCUUAGAGAAUUCCCUAGAACUCGACAUUUAUAAACAUGGAAUUCUUCAGGGUAUCCUAUAUGUUUUGACUGUCUUGAGACCAAAGGACCCAAUAGACAGCUGGAGACGCAGAGCACUCUGGAGCACUUCUGACUGAUGCUCCCACAUGUGCAAUGCUUCUGUCUAAAACUUACAAGCCACAGUCUCACUUGUCUUAUUUUCCCAAAUACUAAGCUGUAUUCGGGUCCCCAGGGGACAUAUACAUCUUAGCCGGUGGUACACUACCUCUUACAUGUUGCCUUUUUGUGUUGCUUGGUGUUCUUUCUAAAACAAGGUGCUUGUGGCUUUCAUAAACUUAUUUUAUUUCUUUUUUCGUCUUUGUCAUUCUUUAAGAGUGUAUGUACUGGUUACAUCAAGAUAUCUUUUGGUUGUUAGUACUUAUUUUAAUUUGUUUGGUCACAUACUUAAUAACAAGUAAAAUAUUAUUUAUGUGAAGUCCUUGUUCUAUUUUAAAAUUCUCUUUGUGGCUAUGGAAUCAAAGCUAGCACAUUGUAACCUGUGCUGAAGCACAAGAGAAUUGGGAGGUUUUUGUUUUUUUUUUUUUACUGUUAUUUUUUUUUUUAUUGUUGUAAAAAAAAAAUUAUAGGCCAGCUACAUCCAGUAGUAGGUUUGGGUUAGAGCUUAGGGGUUGUGACAUAAUGUUUUUAAAAAUCGAUGAUCAUCUGGAAUGAUAUUUUGUGUAUAUAUAUUUUGUAAAGUUUGAAUUCAGCAAAUCUUUUGAAAUUGCUGUUUUAAAUUAUAAAGCUUUUUAUUUCUACUUCAUAGAAAUCACAUGUUUUUGUAAUUAUUGAUUUUUCUUUCACUCUUCUUAAAUUUGAUGUUUUGGGACUAAAAGAAUUCAAUUAACCAGUCUUUAAAGCAACAUUCAGGAAAACAAAAGCAGUCUUUUAUCAUUUAAAAGUCUCAGUAAGUCCAGACUUUCCUUGUUGUCAGAGAAAUGUUAGUUUAAGUAUUAAACGAAAAAUAUUAUACCUUUUGGGAUGUAGAAAAGCUUGUACAUCCAUUAUAAACAUACCAUUAGCCACAGCAAACCACAUUUACCUAUCUAUAAUAAAAAUGUGCUUGUAAAUCUU